UGGCCACUGCCGCCCGCCAACCAAACACCACCAAUUCCCCGCAACCCCGUGAUUUUGAUAGGUAACGGCAAUAACUGCCCAGAUAACCUGAUCAGUAGCUCAGUCUUGCAUAUGCAACGGUGAUGAAUACCAGCUACAGUGCGCACGGGUGAAAUUCAGAAUUUAACAAUUUAUUCCUUUUUGUUUAACACUGUCGGUGUCUCAGGGGAAUCUCCCGAGACCCCUCCAUCUCCCGGUUCAACCAUGACGGACCGCCAGCCAGAUGAAACGAUUGUAGACAAUUCUAGUGGGUCGAACGUUGCAUCACCUCGAUCCAGCACGGAUUCUCGCUCUUCAUCGAUGCGCAACCAGUCGCUCCGACUUUCGCAGGUUUCCUCGAACCACCAACACCGUCAUAGCCUCAGUGAAAGUCUACGCGGGGCCCCCGGCUCGCCGCGCAGCCGUCGACAACCGUCACUCACGCAAGCUGCGAUUCAGAGCUUGAUCGAUAACCCGCCGGCCCCGAACCAUGUAAACCCUGCAUUUGUCGGUCGCGAUUGGAGGGAAAUCUCGAUCGGAGAAUUGGUUAGCCCGAAAGAUUUGAAGUUUGUGGAGAUCGAUACAGGGAUUGAGGAUGCAACCAAUAUUCUGAUCGAUUCCGAUGCCCCUGUACUUCUGGUUCGCGAAACUACUGAGCACAAGACUGCGGUGGGCACUUUCGACUACUCGGAUCUUAAUGCGUACCUCCUCCUUGCGGCGGGAUUGACUCAGCCGGAUGAGAAUACCCUGGCUUCCUAUGAGGAACUAGCUCGGAAGGCCAGGGAAGGAAUUAAAAUCCCCUUGAAAGAUGUUAAGGAUCUGAGUAGGAAAGAACCGUUGACCACGCUUCCGGCGUCGGCUAGUGUGAUGGCAGCCGUCGAAACAUUUGGAGGGGGCGUUCAUCGGGUGGUUGUGGUCGAUGAGCAUAAGCAGAACGAGGUGGUAGGCAUUUUCAGUCAGUUUCGGCUAGUCAAGUUCCUUUGGGAGAAUGGGCGUAGCUUCCCUGUGAUUGAUCAGCUGUAUCCGCAGGCGCUGCGAGAUUUGAAGAUAGGGUCUCGGGAGGUGAUCUCGAUCAAUGGAGACAAGCCUCUGGCGGAGGCAUUGCAAAUUAUGAACAACGAGGGAAUCUCGUCGGUUGCUGUGGUGGAUAACCAUACCAACGUGGUGGGUAAUAUAUCAGUGACGGACGUUAAGCUCCUGACGCGCUCAUCUUCACUGCCUCUUCUCCACAAUACAUGUACACAUUUCAUUUCCGUGAUUCUUUCCGCCCGGGGUCUAGUGGAUGGCAAAGAUUCGUUCCCAGUAUUUCAUGUGAACCCGGGCUCGACGCUAGCGCACACAGUUGCCAAGGUGGUGGCCACCAAAUCCCACCGAUUAUGGAUUACCGACCCGUUAUCUCCUUCCUCGUCGGGGCCACCGACUCCAUCCCACUCGAGCGUGCAUCUCCCACUUCCUACAAGUUCUGGGAGCACACAAUCCCCUCCUUCGCCGACUCCUAGUAGUACUAAUCUUCAGGCUCCUAACUAUAGCACUCCGCAUCUGCCGAGUCCGCCUCAGCAAUACAUAAGCGCGACACACGCGGUGCCGUCCAUUCCUGCUUCCGCCCUCCCGGGGGCACGGCUCUCCGGACGACUAGUGGGAGUGGUCAGCCUCACAGAUGUACUGAAUCUGCACGCGCGGGCCAGCGGGCUAAGCCCGGCCGAUCCCGCGGAAAGCCGUAGCCGCCGGCGACGCAGCAGCAGUUCAAGCGUCAGCAUGCGGCGCAGCGGGGAGAUAGGACGGGAGUUGUUCAGUCGGUAGCGAUCGGGACUAGGAACAAGGAACGUUCUACCCUAAAUCCCUCAUCAAAUUUUCCAGGUUUGGUCUCAGGCGUACGUAUGGUAUAGUCCAUUUUGAGUUAGAAGAAGCUCCAAAUUCAAGAACCUCAAGCAUAUACAAACAUUUAUCCUUUCGACCCACAAUCACAAUAUCAACCCGAACGAUUCAAUGCCCGACAAUACCCAUCUCAACCUGACUCGAAGUGAUCGGCAAGCAUCGGCCACCCCGAAAGGUUUGACCAAC